AUCUACGGAAGCUUUGGACUAUUUGGUAAAUAAUUACGUCUACAUACAAGUUAUUUAUACGUUUAUUUGAGUGAAACCAGAUCACUUGGAAUCAAUUAUUCACAUCGUAAUAUUGAUGUUCAGUUGUCGUUACUUCGGUUACCCUUACAAAUAUGAUUUAUAUCAAUAUUAUGACAGCAAAAUCAUUGUAUUUUGUUAGAAGUGGUAAUAACAUCAAUUCUUCUUUCAGCUUCUGUUGACCUUGAUAAUAAAAGUCCCUGAAAUGGUGCACACAGCUUACAAUGCGAUAACAACGCUGACAUUUACAAUGGUGGAAAUUUUUCAUGACGCCAUAAUAUUGAUAUAUAUAAUACAAAAUCUAAUGGUUGUAUCUAUUCCUACCAUAUUUGCUACGAUGCUGACGACCGAAGCUAACAAUUUGAAGCUUUUAUUGCACGACAGAUUACUCAUUGAAAGGGCUUCGUCAGUUAGAGAGGACAUAAAGCGUUUUGUUGCAUACAUCGACGCAAGGCCAUUCCAGUUGUAUGUUUGUAGACUCAUACCUUUGGAUUAUAAAUUUCCACUUAUUCUAAUAAAUAUUUAUGUUUCGUAUGCAAUAGCACUUGCACAGUUUUCAAAUACAGAUAAAAAUUGAGAUAAAAUAUCGUAUAACGAG